AUGAUUGAGCAACUUGCUGCUGCAGCUUUCAUAGCUUAUGGUGUUUCUUAUUUCAGCUAUUACCUGACUAACAUGGCACGCCACCUGAUCCAUGUAUUCAGAGGUGCAAAUCCUGAGAUCACAGAACCAACAGCGGUCUCUGCCCCGGCUCCCUCUGCUCCUGGAGAAGCUGAAGAGGAGCAAAUUGAGCAGUAUGACCGCAAGGCUCCAGCUGUGGUCACACCACAGCCUGAACAUUGUGAGCCAGUCCUUCCAGAGAAAGAGCAGGAGCAGCCUGCUUUAUCAGAGAUGCCAUGGCAGAAUCAGGGAGAGCUGUUCCCAGCCCGAGAGCAGGAAGAGCAGCUCAGGCAGCAGGUGGAAGAGCCACAGGAGAACGACCAGGACAUCAAGGCAGAGCCACAAGCAGAGCUGCCCAAAGCUCAGAGUGACACUAUGGCAGUGAAGAGGAAGAACAAAGAAGACUUGAGAACCAUCCAAGAGAAGAAGAAUCUCCAUCAGCAGAGGGGUGAUCAACAAAAGCAGGUGGAAGUGUUGUCGUCCUACCUGGCAGCCUGCAAAGACUUCCAGGAAAUGACGGGCGAUCAAGAACCCCGAGGCUGGCGUGAGGCACAGGAGCUGUACCAACCUGAGAUGCUGCAAGAUAAGCACAUCCUGAGGAUGCUACAGGAAAACAGAAUUCCAUGGAAGGAGAUAUACACAGGCUCUGUCACUGAACCUGCUGCAGCAGCAACAGCGCCAUCCCAAGGAGCCUUUGCUUCCCAGCCCGAGAAGUGGAGUCGGGGCACUUGGUUCAUGUCCCGCGCUGACCCAGCUGCUGCUCAGCAACAGGAGAUCGAUGGUGACUCCCAGGAGCAACAGAGGAGAAUGGUGAAGAUGGAAAAUCCCAUUAUAAAAUACAUUCAACUGGAAAAUAUUGGCAGUGGGACUUUUGGAGAUGUUUGUAGAGCACUCAACACUGCCACAGGAGGAGAGGUGGCUAUAAAGAAAAUAAAUCUUCAAGGACUGAUCAGGAAGGAAGCAGACUUUAAUGAACUCAUGGUCAUGAAAAUGAAUAAGCACCCAAACAUUGUGAAUUAUUUAAAGAGCUGCCUUGUGGACGAGCAGCUCUGGCUGGUUAUGGAGUACAUGGACGGAGGCACUCUGAGCGAUGUCAUCAGCAAGACCUACCUGUGUGAAGACGAAAUGGCAGCCAUCAGUCGGGAGUGCCUGCAAGGACUGAAUUUUCUUCACUCAAACCACAUGAUCCAUCGAGAUGUGAAGAGCAGCAACAUCCUUCUCAGAACCGACGGUUCUGUAAAGCUGGCUGACUCUGGCCUCUCUGCUCAGCUCACCCCUGAGCAGAGUAGACGGAGCUCAGUGGCCAGCACUUCUGGGUGGAUGGCACCUGAAGUGGUGACAGGUCAAGCAUAUGGCCCCAAAGCGGACGUAUGGUCUUUUGGAAUCGUGGGCAUCGAAAUGGUGGAACAAGAAGUUCCUUAUUGGAAUGAAACUCCUGUUUCGCCUCAGCUCCUGAUAGCCAGAAGAGGGAAACCAAAGCUGCAGCAGCCCAACCAAUUUUCACCUUCCCUGCAUGACUUCCUGAGCUGCUGCCUGCAGACAGACGAGGCACGGCGCUGGUCUUCCAAGGAUCUCCUGCAGGGCAGACCAAUGGACGUGUGGAGAUGGUGGUUUCAGAUCCAUGGGACUGCCACAAGUCCUCUGGUCCGCGGUCAUUUCUACCAACCAUCAGCAGAUGAUGUGGUCCGUGAUUUUACCAGGUGCCAGCCUGCCUCGGAUCCAGCUGCAAGGUUUGAUCGACACCGGAGCCGAUGUGACAGUUGUCUCUGCCUCUGUGUGGCCUCCUAAGUGGCCUCUGGACUCUGUGGGAGUGGCCAUUGAAGGAUUGGGGGGUACAGCGCAGACAUUUGUGAGCCAGCAGGCUGUGUUGAUCAAUAACCCAGAAGGGCAGACAGCUACGGUUCGGCCCUAUGUUACUGCAGCUCCCAUCACUCUUUGGGGGCGGGAUGUGCUGGCGGCCUGGGGUGUACGGAUCAGGACAGAUUUUUGAUGGGAGUCACUGUGCUGAAGGACGCAGAUUAUCCUACACUGCCUUUACAGUGGCUGGUGACCAGACCUGUCUGGGAGAACCAGUGCCCCUGCCAUAUGAGAAGUUAGUGGCUCUUCAUGAGUUAGUUCAGGAUCAGCUUCGUCAGGGACACAUUGAACCUUCUACCAGUCCCUGGA